AAUUUGUUACAGACGGACCGUUUAGUCAUCGAUAUACUACAGAGCGGUGCGUGUAUUAGCGGCAAUGAGUCAAGCAUUUAAGAGAACUAGCAUUCUAGCGUUUAAGCAGAAAAAUGUGGAUACAGCCCUUGGAUAUUUCGCCUUCCGCGCGGCAAGUACAUGGUGGAGCAAUGUGCAGAUGGGUCCCCCAGAUGUAAUCCUGGGUAUUACAGAGGCCUUCAAAAAAGACCCUGACCCCAAAAAGGUGAACCUUGGUGUAGGAGCAUACAGAGAUGAUGACGGAAAACCAUUUAUUCUUCCAUGUGUGAAAAAGGCUGAAGAAAUAAUUUACAAUAAAGGUCUUAACCAUGAAUAUGGACCAAUUUCUGGUGAUCCAACCUUCUGUGAUGCUGCAGCUAAACUUGCUUUUGGUGAAGGUAGUCCUGUACUCAAGAAUAAAUCCAACUGCACUGUACAAACGCUGUCUGGCACGGGAGCUCUACGACUUGGUAUGGAGUUCAUAAUGAAGCAUUACGCCAAAAACAAGGAAAUAUUCUUAUCCACACCGACAUGGGGUAACCACCCACAGAUCUGCAAUAUGAUCGGUCUGAAACACUCCAAGUACCGCUACUACAACCCCAAAACUAUCGAAUUUGAUUUGAAGGGUGCCCUUGAAGAUAUUUCUAAAAUGCCUGAAGGAUCCAUCAUCCUGUUACACGCGUGUGCGCACAACCCCACUGGCGUCGACCCGAAGCCUAGCGAGUGGGAACAAUUGUCUCAGGCGAUUGCCGAACGUAAAUUGUUCCCGUUCUUCGACAUGGCGUACCAGGGCUUCGCUACCGGCAGCAUUGACAACGACGCUUCCGCUGUGCGCCUCUUUGUUAAUGCCGGACAUCAGGUGUUACUGGCUCAGAGCUUCGCUAAAAAUAUGGUGAACAAGCUAAAAGACGUCAAGCUAAUGGCGGACCGCAUUAUUUCGAUGCGCACGAAGCUGCGUAAGGGCAUUGAGUCGCGCGGCAACAAACGCAACUGGAACCAUAUUACCGACCAAAUUGGCAUGUUCUGCUACACCGGACUUAAACCUGAUGAGGUCGAAAGGAUGACCAAAGAGUUCCAUAUUUACCUGACAAAGGACGGUCGCAUUUCAGUCGCUGGUAUUUCUUCAAAGAAUGUAGACUACGUCGCUGAAGCUAUACACAAGGUCACCUCUUAAACAUAUCGCUGCCAAAUGUGAAUAUUUGAUAGUAAUCAAGUGUACUUGGCAAAUAGAUUCUACAUUUACCAUAGAUUAAGCACCUAGGUAGAACUAAAGUGAUUUACAGAAGCCCAAAGAGUUUCGAUAUCUUUUAAGGAUGUCAAAAAAUAGUAUCCAAGCAUUUUAAAAAUAUAUUUACAUAAUGUUAUUCAGAGUUACUAUUUAUGGUUGUCGAAUUUCUCGAAUUAGUGUGUAAAGAAAAGAAUAUGAUGCUAAUUUCAAUACCGUUUCGAGAUUCUACACGCGUUUACAUUAUUAUUCUUUUCAUUCAUUUUGAAAUGGUGUUUGUUGUAAUAAAACACAUGAACUUAAGUUUCAUUUUACAUCUUAUGACUUAUGAGAGGUUUUUGUCUCAUUAGUAGUCUGUUGUAAUCAAAGUGUUGAGACUUCAUACUGAACUUAAGCGCAUUUAUUUAGGCUUACCAAAUAGGAGAAUUUUCCCCCUAAAUUUUGUAAAAAAAUUAUGUGAAUUACAAUUUUAGGGGCUGUUUAUUUUAUUGUUAACAACGCAGUGUUGUCUAUUGACAACACGAAAUCUUCAAGCCUACGUUGAAGAUUUCGUACCUCUCGCCGCAUCUCCCAAGAUUAGCAGUUAAUAUCUCAACACGACGGACAAAAAAACCAUUUCGCCUAAUUGUCAUUUCGCAUUUAUUGUCCGAUUAUAGGCUAACACGUUGGCCAAUGAGAGAUUAGUCUUGUCGAGGUUUUCGUAUUGCUUUCAAAUAGGAG